AUGAAUGGGGUUUCCGAUUCUCGAAAAAGUUUUUGGAUUAAAAGCCUGAAAGGUAGUGUGAAGGCAGAUUUCAUUGGUAUUCAGAAGUCUCAUCAAGCGGGGAUAGAUGAUUAUGCGGCCCGAAGAUUCUGGGAUAAUUCCAACUUAAAAGCGGAUUCGGUCGAUUCGGUUGGUAGAUCUGGAGGGUUGCUUUCCAUUUGGAACCCGGAUGUCUUCUCCGUUGAUAUGGUUGCUAAGAAUCCAAGAUAUUUGUUGACUUCAGGGUACAUCUCGGGAGUUGUCAACCGUAUUAAUAUUCUAAAUAUUCAUGCUCCUAAUGAGGCUGGGCGGAGAAGAACGCUUUGGGAUGAUUUAGUGGUGCUGAUAUCUCAAUACAGUGGUCUUUGGCUCUUGUUGGGAGAUUUUAAUGAGGUGCGUUCUGAAGUUGAACGGGUCAAUUCUCGGUUCGACCGUGGAUCGAGCGAUGCUUUUAACGGUUUUAUUUCCAACGCCGGUCUCCUUGAAUACUCUAUGUCCAGAGGUAAGUUCACUUUUAUUUCGGGUCAUAGCGAGGUCAAGAUGAGUAAACUUGAAAGAUUUUUAGCUAAUGAUGCUUUUUUAAGCCAAUGGCCAAAUGCAAGGAUGUCCGUGCAUAAAAGGGGUUUUUCCGAUCAUUGCCCGAUCUCCUUAUCGUGUUUGGCGGCGGAUUUCGGCCCUAUCCCUUUCAAUUUUUUUAAUUCAUGGAUUGGGGAGCUGAAGUUAGUCGAGAUUGUUGACAGAGGGUUAAAUAAUAGUGGGGUUGUGUGA